AUGCAAGCCUACUCCAUCAACAAUGCGUGUCCCAUGUUCAGCAUGAGGGACCAGGCAACCACAGCACUCACUGCAGCUCUAGGGCACAUUUGGGACUUGAUUGAGGGGGUGCCACAGCCAGAGGAGAGGCUGGAGACCAUCUAUGUGUGGGUGGAGGACUGGGACAAGACAUGGGCCAGCAUUUGCUUGUGGUGGAAAUACAUCGACAACAAUGGAAUUUCUGUGCCAAAGGUUUGCAAUGAGUGCAUGCACAACUACACUGGGGAAUCUGUGAUGUGCCAAAGCCUUUUAGUCCUGGGUGCCAUCGCCAUCACCAACCUCCGUUGCCCAGUGGAGCAGAGGCAGAUCCACAUCAAUGACAUCUUUGAAGACUACCAGGAGAGGGUUGAGUUGAGGGUGCAGCUCAAGGCAGAGAGGUUGACAAGGGAACCCUCUAUGCUCAUGCUGUGA